CACCCAUCCCUCACCCCCGAACCACCACCCAAAAUGAAACUCCCCCUCCUCCCCCUCACCCUCCUUCCCCCCCUCCUAACCGCCGCCCUUCUAACCCUCCACAUCCCCACGACCCCCCUCGCCAACCCCUCCACCCUCCCACCAACAACCCACGCAACCCUGCAAUCCGCCGGUCCCCCUCUCACCGCACACCUCACCCGCUCCAACUCCUUCCUCUUCAUCGACGUCCCCCCAGGAAGCUACCUCGCCACCAUCCACUGCCGAGACUACAUCUUCGAGCCGUUGCGGAUAGACAUUACGCUUGAGGAAGCUGGUGAGGGAAGAGAUGAGAAGAAGGAGGUGAUUAGGGCGUGGCAGACGUUUUUCGGCAACGAGUGGGAGAAUAAGGGGGAGAGUAGGGGUAGUGGAAGUAAUGGGGCGGUCGUGGUGGAGGUGAGGCCUGUGGCGAGGAAGGAGUAUUAUGAACAACGUGGAGGAUUUUCGCCACUCUCCUUCCUGAAGAACCCCAUGAUCCUCAUGGCGCUCGUCUCGGGGGUUCUUAUCUUCGGCAUGCCGUACCUCAUGGAGAACAUGGACCCAGAAACCAAAGCCGAAUUCGAAGAAAUGCAGAAGAAGAGUCCCCUAACGAGCGGCGCCAACCCCGCCGAGGCGCUGCAGAACUUCGAUCUCGCGUCGUGGAUGGCGGGGAAGAAGGACUCCGGGAGUGCGGCGGCGAGUGAUAAGAAGAGGGGGAAUAGUCCGAAUCCGCAGGGGAAGAGAAGGGGGUGAGGAUAGCGGUAGAGAUUACGGAUCUGGACUUUUUGUUUGUUGGGAUGCGCGGGUUGUGUGUAUGAUUACAUGGACUGGAGGGAGUAUAGAGCCGGGUUUGGGACACAGGGAUUUCGGUCAUGAUCGGAUCCUUGAUUACUUGAGCUACAUACUGUUAGUGAGGAAAUAAGCUUUCGAUCCCCCCUCCUCACAGCGCAGGCAGGCAGGGUAUCUACGAAAGGCGGGCGCACACCAUUAGCUACUGUACCCGUUCACCCCAGCACGGGCACUAGCAGUUGCUAAAUAGCAAAAACGUAUAAUAUAAAUAGAAAUAGGGCUACGGACGGAUAAGUCGGAUAUUUAUUGUAAACAGGGAAGGGCAUUGGACAAAGGAAGGCAAGGUUCUGAAACCCGCAUCAGAUU